AUGACGGUAGCAAAGGCGCUAUAUGGAAAAGUGAGGCUGGAAGAGCCGAUAUCGUUUGACCAUCGGACUCGGUACAGCAACCCACUGGUUCCAGCAUCGGGAGAAACGCUGUCGCUCUACGACAAAUGGCGAGGCAUUUCAAAUCCUUCACUCUUUUCUGGCGGACCAGGCGCUGGUUCGUAUGGCUACUCUGGCUACUCUGGAUAUUCUGGAUAUAGCGGAUCGAGCGUUCGUUCUGCGGAGGAGGUAAAGAAUCAGAUCGACGGAGUUUUCAAGGGCCUUCGAAGCGCAACAGACCUACCGGAGGUGGAACCCGCACCGACCCUGGCCUCGACCAUGUAUCGCCAUCAAAAGCAGGCUCUCUACUUUCUUCUGGAGCGCGAGAAGCAAGAAGACUAUUCGGACAACGAAAAGAACAAGCUUACAUCACUCUGGCGCGUCAGGCAGCAGCUCCAUCGUCACCCGACCUACCUGAAUGUCGUUACCAGCCAGGAGACAACGGUCAAGCCCACCAGUAUGCGGGGUGGUAUCUUAGCAGACGAUAUGGGUCUGGGCAAAACUAUAACCAUCAUCUCACUGAUAAUGGCAACUCUUGACCGCGGCAUGCAUUCACGGUUACGGACGAGUAAGGGAACGUCCUUGCCUCUUCCAACAACAGCGGCGCCAGACUUUUUGAAUUCUGGAGAUCAGAGACUGACAAAUUUGCGAACGAAAUCGCACGCCACGCUGAUUAUCUGUCCAUUGUCGACGGUACAAAACUGGGAGGAGCAGUUUGAGACCCAUGUUCAAAAGGAUGCGCUGCAAGUUUAUGUGUACCAUGGAGGGCAGCGCGUAUCGGAUCCUGGAUAUCUGGCCAAGCAUGACGUGGUCAUCACUACCUAUAAUCUUUUGGGCACUGAGUAUUCCAAAGAGUGCAAGGGACGAGAUACCGAGGAUGAGCCGUCGAAGUUUCCUAGCGUGCUUCAACAUAUCGACUGGUUCAGAGUUGUCUUGGAUGAGGCACAUAUCAUUAAGGAGGUCAGCACAGUGCAGAGCAAGGCGGCAUGCGCCCUCACUGCCGAGCGACGUUGGUGCCUGACGGGCACCCCCAUCCAGAACAAGCUGGACGAUCUAUAUGCGCUCGUGAAGUUUCUAAAAAUGCAGCCGUUUGAUGAGAAGGCUCACUGGACGCAUUAUAUUUCCAAGCCGAUCAAGGUCGCCAAUCCGAUUGGUAUCACAAGGUUGCAGACAUUGAUGAAGGUCAUCACACUACGUCGUACAAAGACACAGAUGGUGAACGGCAAGCCUUUGCUAGAGCUCCCACCAAGAGUGGAUCACAUGCGCGUAUUGGAGCUCAGUUUGAAUGAGCGUCAGAUGUACCAGCGCAUGGAGUCGAGUGCGAAGCAGACGGUGGACAAGAUUGUGAAGGAGAACAAGAUCAUGAAGAACUAUGCCCAUAUCCUGCAGGCAAUCCUCAAGCUUCGUCAAAUAUGUGCGCACUAUGCUUUGGUCAAGAAUAUGGGCGACGACCUGGACAUGUCUGGAGAAUUUAACUUGGCCAAGGCAUCAGCAAUCCUUACUCUUUUGCAGGACUCUGGAAACGACCAAUGCAAUUACUGCUUCCACCCUUCUACGGCGACACCGAUUGUGACCCGAUGCGAACAUAUCUAUUGCCCUGAGUGUGUCAAGAGGCUGAAUCCGAUUGCGUUCAUGCUCAUUCAAAAAGGAAACGCUCAUGUCAGUGUCGCUCCGGAGCUCAAGACGGAUUUUGCUUGUCCCCAAUGCACGACUCCUUUGAAGCCAGUGGAUCUGAUUCAAAUCCAGGAUGAUACCGAGGACAGCGUUGCAGCGACUGCGGUUGGCGGUGGCCAUGUACACACACGGACGGAUGAGAAUGGCAUGUUUAUUCACAGUACCAAGGUCAAGGCUCUUAUCGACGACCUGGUGCAGGCCUGUGAGGUAUCACGCAGAACUGGUGGGCCUCUUACGAAGAGUGUCGUGUUUUCUCAGUGGACUAGCAUGCUGGAUCUGAUUGAGGAUGGUCUUCGCGAGAACAAUAUCAAAUUUACGCGACUGGACGGAACCAUGCAGAGGAACGAUCGCACGACAGCAAUGGUGCGAUUCAAGGAACGCCCUGAUGUCAGUGUCAUUCUGAUCAGUUUGAAGGCUGGUGGCGUGGGCCUGAACUUGACAUCGGCCCAACGAGUAUAUCUCAUGGACCCCCACUGGAACCCUUCUGUGGAGAGCCAAGCUGUCGAUCGUAUCCAUCGCCUCGGCCAGACCAAGCCCGUGGACGUUAUCCGAUUCAUUAUUAAGGAAUCGAUUGAGGAAAACAUCCUGGAGUUACAGAAGCGCAAAACGGAGCUGUCGGAAAUGACUUUUGCGGAGAAGCUAUCGAAACAGGAGGUGUUGAAGCGACGGCUAGAGGACUUGCGGUACCUGUUUCAGGGAUCCUCAGAGCUAAUGACGAAGGGCAAGGGUGCCACGUUGUCUUCUGCCGGCAGCCCAUCCUCAGCAGCACCAAACGACCCGACAACAAUAACAACGCCCACCACAGUCAUGACCGCCACCGCAACAACACCUUCUUCGUCAUCCUAA